UGGAUCGCCGUCGUCGUUUGUCGACAGCGACGAGACCAGAAAGUUCUGAACGAUGACCUCGACGAUUGAUCCCAAGACUAUCGGAAGGCCGACCCGUCCUCGUCGCCAUGUCCGAACUCUGACGGGUUAUCUCCCCGAGACUGACGCGUCUGGCAAGGAGAAGUGGCCCCGCGGCGAGGAGAAGGUUUGGCGCGCCGGCAUGCGAAGCGUUGAUAAAGACGUCGAGAGUAUCACCAAAUCGUUCGUCAACCACGUCCAAACCUCGCUCGCUCGCCAGCCAUACAACCUCGAUGAUUUGGGCGCAUACCAGGCCGCGGCGUUGUCUGUUCGCGACAACCUCUUGGUCAACUGGAAUGAGACCCAGCUCAACUACACCAGGAAGAACCCCAAGCGGGCGUACUACCUCUCACUCGAGUUCUUGAUGGGUCGAACCCUCGACAAUGCGCUCCUGAACCUUGGUCUCAAGGACGAGUACAAGGAAGGUGUCAAGAAGCUCGGAUUCAACAUGGAAGACGUUCUCGACAAGGAGCGUGACGCUGCCCUCGGUAACGGUGGAUUGGGCCGUCUUGCUGCCUGCUACCUCGACUCUGGUUCCUCUACUGAAAUUCCACUCUGGGGUUACGGCUUGCGCUACAAGUAUGGUAUCUUCCAACAGCUCAUCUCGCCCGAGGGGAAUCAACUCGAGGCCCCGGACCCAUGGUUGGAGAACCAGAACCCCUGGGAGCUUCCUCGUCUCGAUGUCACCUACGAAAUUCGCUUCUAUGGAUCUGCGGAGAGGUUGAAUGACGGAAGCGGACGUGCCCUUUGGACUGGUGGACAGGAAGUCGUUGCUAUUGCUUUCGAUGUGAUGAUUCCUGGUUAUGGCACCAAGACUACUAACAACUUGCGGUUGUGGGAGUCGCGAUCGAAGCGAGGUUUCGAUUUGAACUCGUUCAAUGCUGGAAACUACGAGGGAGCUGUCGAGUCGUCCAACUCUGCUGAUGCCAUUACCUCUGUUCUCUAUCCUAAUGACCAUACUUCUUGUAAGCACAUCGGAAAGGAGCUUCGCCUGAAGCAGCAAUACUUCUGGACAGCUGCUAGCUUGGCUGAUAUCAUGCGACGAUUCAAGAACCAGGGCAAGCCCAUCCAGCAAUUCCCAGACUAUGUCGCCAUUCAGCUGAACGACACCCAUCCCACUCUUGCUAUCCCCGAGUUGAUGCGAAUUCUUAUCGAUGAAGAGGAUCUCCCCUGGGAUCAAGCCUGGACUAUUGUUACCAACACUUUCUUCUACACGAACCACACCGUGCUUCCCGAAGCGCUUGAGAAGUGGCCCGUUCCUCUCAUUGAGCAUGUUCUCCCCAGGCACCUGCAGAUUAUCUAUGACAUUAACUUGUACGUCAAUUGCAUCUUUACCCUGUUCUUCUUGCAAGCCGUUGAACGCAAGUAUCCCGGAGAUAGGGACAGGUUGGCCCGUAUGUCGUUGAUCGAAGAGGGACAGCCUAAACAGGUCCGAAUGGCCCACUUGGCCUGUAUCGGAAGCCGAAAGGUCAAUGGUGUUGCUGAGCUUCAUAGUGAUCUCGUCAAGACCACCAUCUUGAAGGACUUUGUUGAAUUUGAGGGCAUUGACAAGUUCAGCAACGUAACCAACGGCAUUACUCCGCGCCGAUGGCUCGACCAAUGCAACCCCGAGCUGAGCAACCUCAUCACCAAGACCCUUAAAGUCGACAAGAAGGUCUGGCUCAAGGACCUCACCAAGCUUGAGGGCCUGCUUCAGUUCACCGAAGACGCUGCAUUCCGCAAGGAAUGGGCUGCCAUCAAGCAACGCAACAAGGAGCGAUUGGCCCACCACGUCCGCACCACCCUUGGCUUCACUGUUCGAACGGACGCGAUGUUCGAUGUUCAGAUCAAGCGUAUCCACGAGUACAAGCGUCAAUCGUUGAACAUCUUUGGUGUCAUCCAUCGCUACCUCACCCUCAAAAACAUGUCUGCGGAACAGAAGAAGAAGGUCAACCCGCGUGUUGUGUUCUUCGCCGGAAAGGCUGCCCCUGCUUACUACAUCGCCAAACUUACCAUCCGCCUGAUCGUCAACGUUGCCCGCGUCAUCAACGCCGAUCCCGAUACCAAGGACUACCUCCAACUGUACUUCCUCCCUGACUACUCUGUCUCUCUCGCCGAAGUCCUCAUCCCCGCUUCCGAUAUCAGUCAGCAUAUCUCGACUGCCGGAACUGAAGCCUCUGGUACUUCCAACAUGAAGUUCUGUCUCAAUGGAGGCUUGUUGCUUGGUACCGUUGACGGUGCUAACAUUGAGAUUGCGGAGGAGGUUGGAGAGCAGAACGUGUUCUUCUUUGGUCACUUGACUCCUGCUGUUGAGGAUCUUCGCUACCAGCACAUGUACCACCCUAUUCCCAUCGAACAGAAGUGCCCUGCCCUUGCCAAUGUCUUGAACAAAAUCUCGUCUGGCAUGUUCGGCGAUGGUAGUGUCUACGAGCCACUCUUGAGCACCAUCAGGCAGACUGAUUACUACCUCCUCACUGAGGACUUCGACUCCUACAUCGCUGCUCUCGCCAUGGUUGACGAGGCCUACCAGGACAAGGAGGAAUGGAUCAAGAAGUCGAUCAGGACGACUGCUAAGAUGGGCAAGUUCAGCUCUGACCGAGCCAUCUUGGAAUACGCCGAGUCGUUCUGGAGCGUCGAGCCCACUCCUGUUGCGUAAAUCCUCUUGGACGCAGUAGAUCUUCCCCGCCUGUGAUAGGGGUAAGAUGGACGUUUGCUGGAUCUUGGCUUAGACUCUCCUCUUUCGUUUCAUUCCCAUUCCCUCUUUCUGCGAUUGCGCCUUUAGACGAUGGCUUGCUCGCCUUUUGUUGGUUCUGUUUUCAUUUGCGUUUACGAUUUCUACGUUUUUCCAAGGGCUGAUAUACUUAUUGCUUAUGAUCUAGUUUGUGCUGUUGUUGUACCAGUGCUAAAUCUUCUUGCAUAUUUGUUUGUAGUCGUGUAUGAAGUUGUACUUACUCACAAAAUGAUAGAUGGACUCUUUU